AGUAGUCACCGCGCACGGUGAUCCUCUGUGUUGGCUCGUGAACCGUCGGCAGCGUGGCAGAACACACACACCCACACACAAACAUUGUCACUUAUACAUAUAACUGCGGUGUUUCGCAGUGCUUAGGCACUCAUCAUCCGCAGCUUUCAUUUCUUUUGUUUUCAAGACAUUUUUCCCUUUCUGUUUGGAUAUGGAGCCGGCUUCCAGUGGCAAAGUCACGGGCGUCUACGGUGGCGAUCGCGUGCCUGGGGCGUACCUCAAAACACGCACCGGUGUCGUGCGCGGGGAGGAGUUGUUUAGUCGGCCUGAUCUGGAGCGUCCGUGGCGAUCUGCUGACAAGCAGCGGACGGCGGCGGCCAUCGCGUUGAAGGAGAAGGAGAUCGAGGAGCUGGUGCGGCUGUGCUCAAACCUGCGAACGGAGCUGGGCAACGCAAAGAGCGACAUGCGCUACGUGGAGUACGCCGUAACAGAGAAGUCGAGGCAGCAGCUGGAGGAGAAGAAAGUUGAGAUGAAUACGUUACGCGACCGCGUGGAUGAGUUAGAGAAGCAGCAGCGAGAGUCCGCAGAGGCCGCGGAGAGCCAAAUUCGCCUGCUUCGCUCGCAGGGGGAGAACGCAGCCCUCGGCUUGAAGAGUGAGGCCCGAAUCGCAACGGAGCGCUGCGCCGAACUGGCCAAGAUGUACCAGAAGCAGAUCGAAGACGUCAAGGCGGCCGGCGUGCGUGAGGUGGAGUACGUGGAGUCGCGCUUCAAAGCCCGCGUCGAGGAGCUCACCUCGGAGUUGAAGGCGGUGCGCGAAACCCACGGCGCCACCGUGGACCGCUAUCGCGAGCAAGAGGCGCAGUCGCAGAGCACGGUGUUCAAGGUGGAGGCGGACUACAAAGAGCGUCUGCGGUCGUCGGAGCAGCGCGUGGAGGACCAGCGCAAGGAAUACGAGGCACAGCUGGCGAAGGAGCGGAAGGACAAAGAAUCCGCCCUGGCAGAGGCACGAAAAGGCGUGGAGAAACUGGCGAAGGUCCUGGCAGACAAGGACGACUUAGUGGAGAAGCAGAAGUUGUGGAACGGCUUUCUUCUCUCCCACCUGGACGCGUUCUACCACAACUUCGUCGCUGCCUCGCCCGACAUCGCGGUGGAGCCGGUCAGCGCGCAGCUGCAGCAGCUGCCCGACCUGUACGUGCCGCGCUGUAUCCUCGAAGAUCCCGAGGCGAAGGUGGCGGUGGAGCGCGUCGCCUACCGCGUCAUGCAACUGAAACAGAUGAAGGACUUUCCAGUCGUGAGCGGCACGCCGCCGUCGCCGCAGCAGCGCCUGCCCACGGUGGACUUGCUCGACCACGUGACGGAGCGUCAGACGCGCCUGCUGCGCGCCCUGCACGAGCUCGAGGACAGGCAGAGCGAGAUGGACACCACCGUCGCCAGUGUUGUGUCACGGCUGUGCUUCUUUAGUGAUAACUUGGAGAGCUGCCUGCGUGACAGCCCGCCGGCGGUGCCGCCCCCUCUGCGCGAUGUCGUCUUUGUGUGUCUCUGCGUGCCCGCCGGCCGUGUGAUGUGGGCCGCCAACACGGAGAUGAUGCGGUCGUCGAUGCAGCUGCUGUACAGCGCACUUCGAUUGAAGAUGGGCGAGUACGGGUGCUACGAGUGCUACAGCGAUGAUGUGUCGAUGCUUCUCGCCUUCGCAAACGCCACGGCGGCCUGCCGCUUUUGCACCGAAAGCCAGGAGUGGCUGCUGCGGCUACCGUGGCCGGCGGAGCUGCUGCAGAUGCCCGAAGGGCAGGAGGAGCGCACGUCCGGCGGCCGCGUGGUGUACCGUGGCCUGCGGGUCUCGAUGGCCCUGCACGCUGGCGAGGCGUACGUGGAGCCGUCGGGCAUCGUCUUUCACCGCACCUACCGCCAUCACUACUACGGCACGGCGGUGUCGCAGCUCGUGCACAUCUGCGCGCUUGCCCAAGGCGGCCAAAUCAUCGCCUCGGCAGCUGCGUGGAAUUUGUGUGUGCGACGCAAGAACGAGCUGGGCGCGCUGGCGGCGAAGAGCCUCGGCAGCUCCCCUAUCGCCUUCUUCAACAGCCAGUCCGGCAUUCAGGAGCGACAAAACAUUGAGCUGGUGCAGAUCCUGCCCAUGGAGCUCGAGGGGCGGAGCUUCAAGUCGCCGGACAGGGCCGCUGUACCGACAGUGUCCGCCCUCACCGGGGUGAAGGAGUCGGUGCUGGCGGCGGAGGUGGCAGCCGUGGAAUCGCAGCGCGAGCGCAUGCGGGACGCGGUGGCGCUGCUGCAGGAAGAAGGUAAAAGCAUUCAAAACGAGAUGGGUGGACUGGUGGAGCGGGCGCGGGCGGCGCAGCCGUACUUCCACGUUCUCCCUCCCUCUGAGAUGGUGUCGCAGAUGAACGACCUGUACAGCGUGAUGGAGAAGGUCGCCAUUCGUGCUGAAGAGCUCUACGGUGAUCUGCAGGACGUUGCACACGCGCAGGAGGAGCUGGAGGCGCAGACGCGAGGGAUUAAAGAGUAUUUUCUGCAGCAGGAGGUACUUCUGGGCCGCGAGGACGACCUCCGCACGGAGACAGAGGCGGUGCGGCAGCACUUUGAGCAGCAGCUGCAGAAGCACCGUGAGAAACACCGUGCGGAGGUAGAUCGUCUGCAGCAGUCCGUCCAGGAAAAGGAGCAAGCCAUGCGGAAAGCGUUUCAGCAGUUCGGCACAAAAUAA